AGCUUUUAUAUAAUAACAGCAUGUGUUUGCACGUGAGCUGCUCCUUUAAGAAGCCUUGGGCUACUGGAAGUAGAGAGAUCCAGAGAAAAGGCAGCCCCCCAGCUAUAACAGAGGGCAGAGGUUAAAUCUUUUGGCAUAUUUACCAUAAGAAUGGUCACUGCACACCCUCUCCCUGAAGGCUUCACUGAAAUAGAAGUGUUUGCCAUUGGCACUGCUCUUCUGGUAGAAGCCCUGCUUGGUUUCUGUCUGAAUGGCUUGACAAUUAUUUCUUUCCGCAAAAUCAAAGAGCUGCGGACGCCCAGCAAUCUGCUGGUUCUCAGCAUCGCCCUGGCCGACUGCGGGAUUUGCAUCAACGCCUUCAUCGCUGCCUUCUCCAGCUUCCUCAGAUACUGGCCCUAUGGCUCUGAUGGCUGUCAAAUCCAUGGAUUCCAUGGCUUCCUGACAGCCCUGGCCAGCAUCAGCUCCAGCGCAGCCGUCGCCUGGGACCGAUACCAUCACUACUGUACAAGGAGCAGGCUGCAGUGGAGCACAGCUGCUUCCAUGAUGGUGUUUGCAUGGCUGUUUGCUGCCUUCUGGUCUGUGAUGCCCUUACUGGGGUGGGGAGAAUACGACUACGAACCCCUGCGAACCUGCUGCACACUGGACUACAGCAAAGGGGACAGAAACUAUGUCACAUUCCUUUUUGCUCUGUCCACUUUCAAUUUCAUGAUCCCAGGCUUCAUCAUGCUGACAGCCUAUCAGUCCAUACACCAAAAGUUCAGGAAAACUGGGCACUUUAAGUUUAAUACUGGCUUGCCACUGAAGACACUGGUCAUUUGCUGGGGUCCCUAUUGCCUCCUGUGCUCCUAUGCAGCAGUGGAAAAUGUGAUGUUCAUUCCACCAAAAUACCGCAUGAUUCCUGCUCUUAUGGCCAAGACUGUGCCAACGGUGGAUGCCUUUGUAUAUGCCCUGGGAAAUGAGAACUACAGAGGAGGAAUAUGGCAGUUCCUCACAGGACAGAAGAUUGAGAAAGCAGAGGUUGAUAACAAAACUAAAUAACCCAUUAUGGUAUUAAACAAAAUUACUGCAGGUACAUCACUGAAAGCAAAAUUCAAGAGAAAACUGAGUGCAUUCUCUGAUAUGUAUGUGCAAAGGUGGUUCCACAUUGGAAAGGCUGUGCAUUGGCUGCAAACAAUGAAGUAUGGAAACAAAGCCCUCCAGAUAACUGCCCAAACCAUCAUGAGCUGCUUGUCAAACAAGCUGCCUUAAACCUGUGUCCAUUGUCAUCAGUCUCAUUUUAUAUGUCACUGUGAAUAAACUAUGUGCUGGAAAGCAUUUUUUUUUCUCCUGAUAAAAGCUAACAUAAAAGCUCAGCAAGUUAACUGGAGCAGGAUAUUCAUUUACCCAGUGAGGCCCCAUCAGAUCAAUCUGUGCAGGUUGUCCAUAUGGUAAUGUCUGGAUUACUAGAAGAUUAAACCAGUAUCCAGUAUUGACCACAUGUCUGCAUAAAUAGCUUGUUCAUCUGAACAACUCAUUUUCAGUGCACCCAAAACAGGCAUUUCCAAAUUUCCAUCAUGAAUCUGACAUCCUAGUUCCAUAAAAACAUUUUAGUGAGCAUGUUAGCCCAGUAAGGAAUAUUGGCUUGGCUCCUAUUCAAAUGAGUUACUGCAUGACAUUCAGCUUUGUCACACACUAAACUGCAUUGGAUUUUGCAGCUGCUGCUUAGCAGGACAAUCAAAAUCUUAUAGUCCCUCAUAAAAAACAUUCAUCUUUUUGUUGAACAUUGAGCAAAAACUAAAGGGAGGUAUGAGUCAGAUUCUGCUCAAAAAUGUCAUAAGAAUAAAAAUUAACUUCACAUCUUCCAAUUAAUUCCCCUAUGUUCUACAUAAGAGAGCAAUCCCUGAAUCAGUGGUGAUUAAAGAGUCUGAGCAAUUAAAAAGUCACUUUCAUAAUUAUCAGAAUUUAAAUGUAUUUUAAACUCUCAGAAAUGUCCAUUUUAAACAUUUGUAUUUGCUUGUGUUGCUCAUAUUGCCUAUGGGAUGAAAAACUGUCAGUUGAUAUUGCCUGUUAUUACAAGAUGUGUCUCAGAAUUGCCCAUUUGUAAAAAAAUAUGCG